CUGGUCUCUUGGGGUUCAUAGCCUGUUUUCCAAUAGGGAUCCAGUGAUGUCCUCUAUCCCUGCAGCUCUUCUGUAGAAAAGGUGGUGUUAAGGAGAUAACAGAAUCCUGGGUUCAAAUCCCAGCUUUGUCACUCACUAGCUGUGUGACCUCAGGCAAGCCCCUUAAGCUUUCUGAGGCUUAGAUUCCCCAUCUAUUCAAAAGAAGCCGUGAAGGCCUUUGGAGCAAUCUUGGUCCAAGGAGUAAAUGCAGAGAGAGAAGAUGAGUUGUCAGGAGGCUGACAUGGAGAGGCACACAGUUGGUGUCCUUUGACUUGGUUUCUUAUGGGUGGGAGAGCAUGGAGCAGGCCACUCCAUCCUUCAGAAGACCUGACUGUCCUAGGCUUCGCUGGCCUAAGGCUGCAGCUGGUGGGGAACCUCAGUUCAGAGUGACAUUCUUGAGUCAUGUCCAAACCUCUACUCUGUGCUAGACCCUAGGAGGAUGCUGGAUGCUGUGUAAAGGGGCUGUUGCCUUCUCAUCACAGCACGGACAGCUGAAGAGUCGCCAGCCCCAGUUUGGAGACGGAAAACUGAGGCUCAGACAGGGUCAGAGACUUGCUUCAAACCCCUCUUUGUGGGGGGAGAGGGAAAUGUCUCUGCCCAGAUGGUUGCCCUCCCCUCACCAGUCACUAGAGGGCGCCCAAGCUCAGCGUACCGGUUUAGCGGUUCUCGCCGCCUCCACAGCGAACAUCCUGGAACAUCUCAGAGCUAGCGUGACCCCAGGGGCUGUGCGCUGCUGGGAGGAGAAAGUAGACCCCGGGCCUGGAAGAAGGAGACCAGAAAAGAGGAGCUAGAGGCAGGGACCUGAGGAUUCCUGGGGCUUUUCCCACCGGUGCCCCCAGUUCUCCAGCUCAGCUUUGAAUCUUUGUCUCUCCCCAGUGGGUCUCUCUGUGUCUCUCUGCCUCCAUCUCUUGUGUCUGGGCCUGCGUCUCUCUCAGGAUCUGCCUCUUUCACUCUAUCUCUGUAGACUGAUUUCUUUCAGCGAUCCCAACUUUGUGCGGUGCGUGCGUGUGCGUGUCUGGCCACGUGUGUCUCUGUUCUUUCGGCCUCCUCUUCGUCUCUGUGUAUGUCUCUGCCUCUGUCCUCGUUGUGUGUGCCACCGUUUCUCUUGUCAUGUCUCGACCUCUGUGUCUUUCUCUCUGUUUUUAAUUACCUCUGUCUCUUUUUGUUUCUCUGUCUCUGUCUCACUCAGUUGCAUGUCCUGUCCCUUGCAGCCACCAGCUCCCAGCACACAUCGCCCGGGGGUCCCAGUCCCUUCCCUCCUACCCCCACCCCCCACCUCCCACAGCUGCUCACAGCUUCCCAGUCCUGGCCUCCCUGCCCGCCUCUCUCUCGGGCCUUGGGGGAGGGGGCGAGGGAGGAAGGGAGGGCAGCCUGGUGGGCCCACCCCUUUUUGCCUUUCCAGGCUGGGAGGCUGGGCCAGUGGGCCUUUUAACCAGCCCGGGCGGGCUGUGCCGGACACCAGCUCUGGACGCCGAGCCUGGCCCCUCCGUGGUCCCGGCAGCCGCCAGCCCGGCCAGCCCGGCCAGCCCGGCCAGCAUGCAGCAGCAGCCCCUGCCCGGGCCCUUGGCCCCCGCGGCGGAGCCCACCAAGCCUCCCUACAGCUACAUAGCUCUGAUCGCCAUGGCCAUCCAGAGCUCACCAGGCCAGCGGGCCACACUCAGUGGCAUCUACCGCUACAUCAUGGGCCGCUUCGCCUUCUACCGCCACAACCGGCCCGGCUGGCAGAACAGCAUCCGCCACAACCUGUCACUCAAUGAGUGCUUUGUCAAGGUGCCCCGCGAUGACCGCAAGCCAGGCAAGGGCAGCUACUGGACGCUGGACCCCGACUGCCACGACAUGUUUGAGCACGGCAGCUUCCUGCGCCGACGCCGACGCUUCACCCGGCGAGCAGGUGCCGAGGGAGCCAGGGGCCCUGCCAAGGCACGACGUGGACCCCUCAGAGGGAGCAGCCGGGAUCCAGGAGUCCCCGAUGCCAUGACUGCCAGGCAGUGCCCAUUCCCACCGGAGCUGCCAGAGCCCAAGGGCCUAAGCUUUGGGGGUCUGGUGGGGGCCUUGCCAGCUAGCAUGUGCCCUGCGACCCCUGAUGCCAGGCCUCGGCCGCCGACGGAGCCCAAAGAGAUGCCCACACCUAAGCCUGCAGGCCCAGGGGAGCUCCCUGUGGCCCCCUCAUCUUCCCCAUGCCCGGCAUUUGGCUUUCCUGCUGGCUUCUCCGAGGCUGAGGGUUUUAGCAAGGCCCCCACACCCAUCUUGACCCCAGAGGCGGGCAUCGGGAGCAGCUACCAGUGCCGGCUGCAGGCACUGAAUUUCUGCAUGGGGACUGAUCCGGGCCUUGAGCACCUCUUGGCCUCAGCAGCCCCCUCUCCUGCACCACCUACCCCUCCAGCCUCACUGCGGGCCCCGUUGCCCCUGCCAGCUGACCCCAAGGAACCCUGGGUUGCAGGCAGCUUCCCUGUCCAGGGAGGCUCCAGCUACCCAUUGGGGCUGACCCCCUGCCUAUACCGGACACCAGGAAUGUUCUUCUUUGAGUGAAGCUGGCCUGGCCUCGGGCAGUCCCUGCAGGGCCCCUGCCAACUACACGCUCCAAGCUGAGCCUGACUCUAGGAUCUGGGGAGUUCUCAAGGGACCCAGGCCUGGCACACCAGCGAUCGGGACAGGAAGCCAAGAUUGGAGUAGUGAACACUCAGCCAGCCGGCCCCCAGAGCCUCCGGAUGGACUUGAGGGAGAGGGGAGGCAGGGCCCCCUUGGGGUUGACUCUGUGGCUCUCAGGGCCAAUAAAACCAGUGUGAUGAUGA